CAGCCCUGAGUAAACGUAUCGAGUAAUUUUUAAAAAUGAAUAUUAUAUCGCUAAUUGUUUGGACAUUGGAGAAGAACUGUUUUAUCGUGUACACAGCAUUAAUAGUUUGUUUUAUCGGCUUCACGAUAUUCCACAAGAACAGAUUGGAUAUUCAUUACAGGAAUGUUGAAAUAAAGAGAGAAAAAUUGGCGCGAACCGGCCCAAAGAAAAAAGAACGUGAAUUCCCUGAUGAUGGGGACGAUGACCCAGAGUUACUCCUGCCAGCAAUCCCGGAAGACACUCCGCACAUACCUUACCGACCUCCGAGGAAAUCCGAUGAAGAAAUCCUUCAGAAGUCCAGGGAAUAUUAUGAGCUGAUGGCCAAAAGGCGAACGGUCAGAUGUUUUAGCGCUGAGCCUAUACCUCAGGAAGUCUUGGAUAAUAUUGUGAAGACUGCUGGCACUGCACCAUCAGGCGCUCAUACUGAACCCUGGACCUUUGUAGUGGUCCAAGAUCCACAAACUAAGGAGGCAAUCCGCGAGAUUGUAGAACAAGAAGAGGAAUUAAACUACACCCAGAGGAUGUCCAGACAAUGGGUGACUGAUCUCAAACCUUUUGCCACGAAGCCAAGCAAACCUUACCUAUCUGAAGCACCAGCUUUAGUUCUGGUCUUCAGACAGGCGUACUCCUGGAGAUCAGAUGGAAAGAAACGGAUGCAUUACUAUAGUGAGAUCAGCACGGCCAUCGCAGCAGGAUUUCUGCUAGCAGCCAUUCAGUACUGCGGCCUAGUGGCGCUUACAUCGACACCUCUAAAUGCCAACGCUCGUCUCCGGGAUCUCCUCUCGAGACCAGCCAAUGAGAGACUGGAACUCCUUCUGCCGGUAGGAAGGCCGCACAAGGAAACAACUGUACCUGAUUUAGAUAGAAAGCCUUUAGAAGAGAUCAUGCUUAAGAUCUGAACUGCUGCUUAGUUUUAAUAGCUCAUCCAAAUGACUGAAU